CAGUCCCUGAGAGAGGAAAAAGAAGGCUGCUGAUCCAGGAGAGACAGGAACAGAACUGCUGACCUUUGUCCUAAACCCCUCUCCACCAAACACCUCUUUCUUCUGGCAGAUUCUGUGGUAGUCUGCAUUGGGAGGAAACUGGGUGCCUGGCAAUGCUUCAGCAAGCUACAGAUAUGGAUCAUCAAGAAAGACUCCAUGACCAACAACUAGGUCCGGACCUCCGUUGAUGUCCUGCGGGACGGGACAAGGCACCACUAAAAACUCUUUAGCAUAAACUCCUUGGACCAUCAUUGUGAACCCUCAACAGUACUCCAGCACUGGAUUGGUUCCUGUCACCUCUUAGGCUAUGAAAGUCUGUUCUCAUGAAUUCUUCUAUUUGGCCAGCAAAAAAGCUGAAGACAUUUGUGGAACAGAGACACAUUUCAAUACGUUGUUUACAAGGAAGACAUUUGUGGAACAGAAUAAAGAGUCAGCUAACAAGAGCCAGCAGCAGCAGAUGGAGCCAGAACUGGGCUCUGGAUCCUUAGAAUUAAGGAUUCUCCUCCUGGGAAAACAUGGUGUAGGGAAGAGUGCAACAGGCAACAGCAUCCUGGGGAAGCGAGUGUUUGAGUCUAAAUACAGCGAUGAGCCAGUGACCAAAACUUGUAAGAAAGAAAGUGAAACUGUGGGAAAGAGGGAAGUUGUGGUCAUCGAUACCCCUGAUAUUUUCUCCACAAGGAUCUGUGCUAGAGAGAGGGAACAAGAGGUCAGGAGAUGCAUCACCCUCUGCUCGCCAGGUCCCCACAUUCUGCUCCUGGUGACAUCUCUGAAUUUUACCACAGUGGAAGAUGAAGAGGUGGUGAAAGGUAUUCAGAAUAUCUUUGGAGUUGAAGCUAUGAGAUACAUGAUGUUUCUUUUCACAAGGACAGAAGAGCUGGGGGGUGACUCACUUCUGGAGUACAUUAAAGAAACUGACAAUGAGCAUCUCAAGAAGCUAGUUCUGAACCCUGGGGUCCAGUAUUGUGGUUUCAACAACAAAGCAGGUGUGGCAGAACAGGAUACUCAGGUUGGGAAUCUCCUUGAACAGAUUGAGUGGUUGAUGCAGAAGAAUGGCCAAUCUUAUGCACACUUUAAUGCAAAUAUAGGGAUUAAAGAAAAUACUAUAGACUCCAAAGCAGAUGUGUUACCACGACUACCAAAUGCCCAAGAAUGUCAGGGAUUGGUGAAUAUAGGCAAGACCUAUCGAAAGGAAGACAAUGCAUCCGGCCCAGUGGUGCCGAGAGAGCUGAGGCUCAUCCUUGUAGGGAAGACAGGAAGUGGGAAGAGUGCAACUGGAAAUAGCAUCCUUGGCAAGAAAGUCUUUAAGUCUAAGCUCAGUUCCAGGCCAGUGACUGAGAGCUGCCAAAGAGAGAGCAGGGAAUGGCAUGGAAGAACACUUGUUGUCAUUGACACCCCAGAUAUCUUUUCCUCCAGUGCCAAAACAAAAAGAGAUCUGGAGAUCUGUCGCUGCAUGGUCCUCUCUUCCCCAGGGCCUCAUGCCCUACUCUUGGUGAUGCAGUUGGGCCGUUACACCAAUGAGGACAAGGAGGCCCUCAGGAGCAUCCAGGAGAUAUUUGGAGUAGGAAUCUUGUCUCACACCAUCAUUGUUUUCACCAGGAAAGAAGAUUUAGGGAAGGAAACCCUGAAGGAAUACUUAAAAGAAACAAAGAACAAAAGCUUGAGGUGGCUGAAUGAGGUGUGUGAAGGAUUUCACUGUGGUUUCAACAACAAACUUGAAGGGGAGGGACAAGAGGCCCAGUUAAAGGAAAUGAUGGAGAUGAUAGAAGGGGUUGUCAGGAAAAAUGACUUGCGCUGCUACUCUAGUGAGGUGUAUGACUAUAUCCAGGAAAAUAUUCAGCAGUUAAGAGAGGAGCUGGGAGAAGAGCCAAUAGGCCAGGGGGAGGGUCCUAAGGGAGCUUUCUGUAAAGAGAAUAUAGCAUCAAAGGAGGCAGAUCAGACCUGCUCUGCCCUAGAAAGUCUGAUGGUCAUUCAGAGGAAAUAUGAGCAGCAUCAAGAAUCAGUGCUGAAGAAAGAGUCGGGGACCCCUUGGGUGAUUGGAAACGCAUAUUGGGGUGCUUUCAGGAGGAGUUUCCCUGUCAGGUUCCUUUUUAGUCUUUUUCUGUCUCUUCUGUCAGCCAUGGGCUGGCUGACUGGACUUAGGCACAUGAUAGGGAGAAUGGAAGCCAGAGCUAGGAGUCUGAAAGUUCCAACUGCCAAUCCUAGCUCUGCCACUGACUAGUUCUACGGCUUGAACAAGUCACUUUAUCUGGUGCAACCAUCUCCUUUGGUAAAUGAGAAAACAAGUCCAGAGAGGUGAUCUCUGUGAUCCCUUCCAGCUCUUCUCUCCUAGGAUGUCAAGCCAUUGGCAACUGUCUCCAGGAGGCUGUGAUCCCACUGCUCUAACAUAGAUGGGAAAAAAUUACAAUCAGUGUAGAUUCCUUUAAAGUGGUAUCAUUAGAGUCCCUGAAACUACUGGCUUGUGUCAUAGAGGGAAUUCCUUAAAGAUACAGCAUGCAGUAGAUGGCCUCUGAGUCCCUUCUAAAUCUGAGAUUCUGUGAACCCCAUUUUAUAGAUGGUGAAACUGAGGUUCAAUGAAAGAUAAAGAGAUCUCUAAAAGUCUUAAGGUGAAUCCAAGACAGUGUCUUUUUGAAGCUAGAUCAACUAACUCUUGUCAAAAUUCUUCAUUAUAUCCAUCCCACCUUUCACCUCCCCUCUCCAACCCUGGCUAUAGAUGUAUUACGUCCCCAAAAGCAGGUAGCAUUGGCAUAGAAAUGCACCCACCCAGCAUUUCAAGAAUGUGACAGUACAAGUCCUUUCAUAUUCUCUUUAUAGAAAGGGAGGAAAGCAAGGAGAAAAGUGCCACAAACAAGGAACUCACUCAGGGACCUGCCCACUUGGACCGUGCCACCUAAACACAACUACAAACCUCAUUCCUUAGUCUCACUUCACACCCACACUCUCUUCAAUUCACAAAAAUUAUGACUGGUUCUUCCCAAAACAUAUGAUCUCCUUUCUUAUUGUCUGUUGCUUUUAACUAUCUUGGCUACAUUGUCUAGUCAAAGGGGCUGAGCCUAAUGGGAUCACAAAAUUAUAGAAUCUCUGAGCUGAAAGGGCCCUCAGAGGUGAUCUACAUUUAACCAUAGCUGGAUAGACACCUCCUCUACAAUAUCCCUAGAAACAGUCAUCUAGUCUUCACUUGAAGACCAAUAGCUGUGGGGAUCUCAUCUAUCUAUUAAAACACCUUAUACUUAUACUUUGGGCCAUAUAAGAGGAAUCCAGGCUUUACUAGGAGAAGCUUUCAACUUCUACCCUACUCUUGAAUGGUUUUUGAGGUUUAUUAAAGCUUGAAAGAAAAUUUAAUAGCCUGGAGCUAGUUACCAGGUAGGAAAAUGAGAAUUGAAAGGAUAAAUGAAAAAAAAAAAGUGUCUGCCUUUGUCCUCAGCCUCAAA